GCUCAAGCCUCCGCCACGGCAAACGCAACCGAAUUUUCUCCAUAUGACUUCUUCUUUUUCCCUGCCAAGGCUUUCUUUUCUUACAAGCCGCAUUCACUAUCGUCGCCUAGCAUAGCGCCGGUGGUUGCUAAGCUCCGUCCGCGUAUGCGCAUCGCCGCGUGUUUCCGCUUUGAUGUACAUUAUGUACAUUAUAGUAAUCAGCUGCCUGGCUGCGAGGCGAAAUGGCUGCGCCUCCUAAUUGCGAUGGCUAUUGUCAGCAACGUCGUCGCUUAUUGGGUUAGGUAUGUAUUGUACAUCUUCAUCGACCUUUCUUUAUUUUCGGUGAACUUAUUACAUUUUCUUCUUUUCCUCUCUUCCUCUUUUCUUACCAUAAACAUUCAAUAAACUUCACUUCCUCUCACACCCCUAAAGGCUAUUCUUCAUAGCGUAUAAAAAUCGCUUUAGAAUAUUUACUUUCAACUCA